AUGGCCUGGAGGUCUUCUGGUCGGACCAACACUGAGCUUGUCGGGAAUCUUAGAAGUCACAAUAUUAUCUCCUCUGACCGAGUUCUCGACGUAAUGUUGGCCGUCGAUCGUGGGUUCUUCGUGAAGGAGAAUCCUUAUGAAGAUCGGCCUCAGUCUAUCGGAUACGGCGCGACUAUAAGUGCACCACACAUGCACGCCUACUCACUAAGCAUUUUGGAGCCAAACCUAAAACCUGGGGGUCGCGCCCUGGAUGUUGGUUCAGGCAGUGGCAUCCUGACUGCAUGCUUUGCUUUGAUGCUUGGUUCGAACGGUCUCGCUGUUGGGAUUGAGCACGUCGAGGAGCUGGGCAAGCUGUCGUCGAGCAAUAUUCAAUCGUGGUUGGACUCUCAGCCGUUGGGUGAACACAUAAAACUCGUCACAGGUGAUGGGCGCGAGGGCUAUCUUCCCCACGCCCCGUACGACGCAAUCCAUGUCGGCGCUGCUGCUCCCACUAUCCCGCAACACUUGGUGGACCAGCUCAAACCGGGUGGCCGACUAGUGUGUCCUGUGGGUCCGGCAGGAGGGAACCAGAGUCUGGUGCAGGUGGACAAGGAUCUGGACGGACGGACAACCACUGUCAAGGAGCUCAUGGGUGUCAUCUACAUCCCCCUCACCGAUCUACAUCGACAAACCCUAGGGUAG